AGCAAAAUAUGAAUACUUGAAAAUAGAAAAGGCAUUAGCCACUGCUACAGAUGUGAUUGAGCAAUUAAAAGAUAAACAAGACAAAUUAUCAGAAGCUCUCGAUAAUUCAAAAAGUCGUCAUGAGAAAGAUAUGGCCAAUAAUAGAAGACAUGUAGCCGCUCUUAAACGUGAAAAAAGUGAUUUAACAAAAAAUUUGGAUGAACUUCAGACUCAACUUGAUAAUUUAUUAGCUACAAAAAAUUUAAGAAAACGUGGCCAAGAUGUUGCAACUAGUGUUGAUGGUGAAACUGAUUCUAGUGAUCCACUUAAUUCAGGUGCAGCGGGAGUAUCGCCGACAUCAUCAAGUACUUUACCAGGCAGUAAUUUAGGUAAAGAUGAUGUAAUGAAAGCUCUAGAUACUGCAAAUAGAAUGAUUUGUGGUUUACGAGCUAAUCUUCAAAAAGAAAAAAGCGAAAAAUAUGAGCUUAAAAAAUUGUUAGCCGAUAAUCAAGAACAAAUUGAAAUUUUACAAUACGAGUCUGAAUUCCAAGAGAGAUCCACAAGCACUUCAACAAUAUCAAGAAAAGAAUUUAAAAGUGUUGAAGUACAAACUGAAGAUAAAUCCGCGGGUAUUUCAGGAACAGAAUUUAGAAGUGUUGAAGUACAAACUGAAGAAGUAUCUUCAUCAUUAGAAGAUAAUAAUACAUCUUCAAUUAUUAAUAAUAAAGAUUUAGAAGCACCAUUACAAAAUUCUCUAAACACACCAUCCACAAGCAAGGAUUUUGAACAACAAGCAGGUUUAUCAAAAAUUUCUAAAUAUAUUGAUGGAAAAAAUCUAGAAGGUUUGAAUGACUCUGUUUCAACAAAUAGUAGUAGGACAUCAACUGAUCAAAUUAUACGACAAAUAGAUUCAUCAAAUGUUGACUCUGGUAGUGGAGUCGGUGGUGGACAAAUCAUGGAUUCUAAUUAUAAUAAUGAAACAACAACAACUGAUCCUGACAUUAUUAGAUUAAUUACACGAACAAUGGUUGGUGAUGAUUUAUGGAAAUAUUAUAAACCUAAUUUUGGUGGUGGAAUUUUAGAAAAAAGGCACAAAAGAUUUUUUUGGUCAAAUACCAAAGAAAAAACAGAUAAAUCUUUGGAGCGUGGUGAAUGGAUGCUGGUUCCACCUUCUUCAAAUUUUUUGGGAGGCUCUACGACCAGUAUGAAAUCUAGAAAAUUUAAACAAAAAACAACAGAUCCCAGUUCAGCUGAUAAUUCUCUUUGGACAGAAACACCAGCAGAAAGAAAAGAAAGAUUACAAAAAGAAGUAAUAACUGGUCAAAAACGUAAACGUGCAUCUGAUAAAGACGAAGAUGAAGAAAUGAAAUACACUGAAAUUGAUUUGAAACGAGCAGAAUUAGUCAAAGAAUAUAAUGAACAUCAUCGUCCUAAAUCUCUUUUAGAACAACAUCAAGAAAAUUAUAAAAAAUCUAAAAAAUGGGAAAAAGAUGAUGUUAGUAGAAGACCUUUUGAUCGUGAGAAGGAUUUAAUGAGUAGACGUCCUAUGGAUUCACGUAAACGAAAUGAACUUUUAGGUAGUGCAACAAAUUUAGACAAAAGUAAAGAUGGUUCUGCACCAGUUGCAAAAUUCAAAACUAGACAAAGGCUUUACUCCCAAGAAGUUCCUUAUAUAAAAUUCAUAUCCAAGUCAAUGAGAAGAGAUUGGUGUCAAUUGGCUAAUGAUGCAUUAAAGUUAAUAUGA